AACCAAUAACUCAAACCUGACACUUGAAAGCAAGCUUGACUUAUUUUGUAAUUUGAAAUAAAUAAUUAUCCUUCUUAAAUUUCCUCUUAUUUUAGUCAGAUAUAGUAAAAAAAACAAGUCGCAAAAUCAUGGCACAGAAUUUGCAAAAGAAACCGUCAAAGGGUAUCUUAAAAACAUCUCGUAGCGUAGAUGGGCAGGAAGGAAUGCCUUCUACAAGUAAACGACCGAAGGAGCAGAGAUUCGAUGAAAUGAAUAUAAUGGAAACAUUUCAUCCUCCAAAUAAGGAUUAUGGCCAUAUGAAAGUGGACGAACCUAAAACUCCAUACUCGGAAGCCAUGGAUAGCGAUAUGGAAACAAAUGAUGAAUUAGAUGCUAAUAUUUUGGCUGCUAAGUUAGCGGCAAGUAUGAAUAAACCGCCUAAAUGUGUAGAAAUGAGUGAUAAUGAGGAAGAUGAGCCAGAGGAUGCACGACAGCGAAGGUUAGAAUUCGAAAAGAAGAGAAAAAUGCACUACAAUGAGUUCCAGGCAUUACAGCUGGCCAGACAGUUAUUGGCACAAGAGGAAGAAGAUGAUGCAGAGAGAGAUCAAGCUACAAGCACCUGACUGAAGUCACUUACCAUUUAUACCGUAAAAUUUAAUAAUGCCUAUAUAAUUAUAGUUAUUGCUUCCUGAGCUUAAACUUUAAAUUUGUAUUCUGAACAAUUUGGAAUAUUGAAAAACCUUCCAAUUUCGAAGUCAGAUGCCUAAAAUUGCUUUCUAAUUUAUUUAUUAUUUUUGUGUCUUUAUUGUGAUAAAAAUUAUUCAAGGUAAAUUAGAUAAAUUAUAUAUAAACUAGGUUGCUCCCUGUUAUCACUUUCAGUUAUGUUUAUUUGUUAUGUAUUGAUAACACUUUCAUAUGAAUUGGCAAUUAUAUGGUGCAGAAAGAUUAGUUAGAUAACUUAUAAGAUUAGUUUAGCAAUUGUUUUAAAGUUUUCUUUUUGUCUGUUAUUACCUCCUCCACAGUACAUAGUAACAUUUCAAAAAAUAAAAGGUUUUUUUGUUUUUCAGGCUACCUAAGGAAAGUUAUAAUCUAAAUGGUAUAUUUAUAUAAUCUGAUAUUCUUGUUUCAGGCUUAUUUCAGCAUUUACUAGGUGAAGUGGAAAUUUUAUAUAUUUUGUUCCUGAUUAGGCUGUUAAAUUAAUAUGUACCUAACCGCUUCUUAGGUCAUUAUUUAUACCGUAGGUAUAAAAUAGCAGGGAGUACUGCACAUUUUUCUUAGUAUUUGUCUUUGUAUAAUUUGUCCUCUUUUCUGUUAAAUGAUAUAAAAUCGUGGCACAAUAUAAUUAGUGUUUACAAUUUUUAACACAAGAAAUGAUAAUAAAAAUGUAUUUUUUCAUUAGGUAUUUAGCAUCAGUAUGUUUCAUAGAUUAAUAUUGUGCUAGUGCAAGUAUAUGAACUAUUUUCACAUUUCAGAUUAUAAUGAUUAGGAAAAGUUUGCAGUUAAUUUUGUAGGCCUCCAGCAUCUUUAGGAUUGUAAAUAAUAAUAAUUAUAAUUUGGUUGAGUGGGCACAGGAGGCUAAAAAUGCAAUAUUGCUAUUCAAGCUCUAGUGAUCUGAGUAAAUAAAAAUGGAGCAUACUGUCAUUAUAUGUGCACACUUUUCCUCAAAAUACUUCAGUAAUUCAAAAGAAAUAGGUAAUUGUUUGAAAAAGUAAUAAGAUUUUUCUCGUUAAGUUACAUUGAGUCAUGCAGAAAUAUUUGCUUGUAAUAUUAUAGUAACAUCAACCCAAGUUAUACUAGUUGAACUAAAAGUAGAGUUUUCUGUAAAAGUAUUUUAUUUUCUUGAAAGUUGUCCUGCAAGUAAGCUGUAAGUUCUAUAGGGAAUAUAUCAUGUUUUGAGUUUAUAAAUUGGGCAUCAAUUAAUAAAUUAUAAGUUACAUAGGAGAUUCAAAAUAAACUAAGAAUUUAAUAUAGGAACACAUCUUGUUUACAUAAUAUCUACAUAAAAAGUAAUGUCAUACAAGAUUAUUUUUGUAUAGAGUAUAAUGCAGUUGGGGAAAUGUGCCAAUAUUAAUAAAAUUAUGUGUACAUAGUAAUAUUCUCUUCACUAUUUUGUACCAGCUUAUCUUUAGCUAUUAAGCUUAGAUUUAAAAAAAAUCAUUAUACUAAAUUUAUUUUUGUUUAAUGAAUUUUUUACCAAUUGGUAAAAAAAUUAUGUGUGGUAAAAUUUUGUUGUAGAUUUAAAACUAUUGGAUAAAUCCAAAAUAUAGGUAAAGACUUUAUUUGUAUGGUAGUUAACCACACUAUAUAAUGAAUAAUUAUCUAGCCUGAGUAAUAUAAGAAGAUAAUUAAGGCUUAAAUUAUUACUUUUAUAUGAAAAUCAAGUUUAAACCAACAUUAAAUUAGGUUUUCUUGGUUUUCGGAGCGUUGUUUGUUGCUAUUUAACAAUACCGUAAAGUCAAAUUUUUGUAACUAAAUGAGCUUCUAAAGUAUAACUAGCCUUAUUUGCUUCUUAGAGUUGAUCGAUACAAAGAUUAUUGUAAUAUUUUAAAGAUGACUAAAUAUUAUAAUUAUGUAAAUAACAAUAAACUACAUACUUGAA